CGUUUCUCGCCGCGCGACGCUCCGAUUUUGCUCUCGACGGUUGUUCAAUCACGAUUUUCCCCAAAUUUUCUUAUCGUUUUGUUCGUGAAUAAAAAAACAAAAUUCGUUCACUCCUCGGCUAGAUUUCGACGAUCGUUCCAAAUGGAAAUUUUCAUCGCCUAUUGGGAAUAGAAAAAAGAAAGUUGUUCCCGAUGAAAAAGGGGAAAAUUUCCCGUACAAAUAUCGAGAAGUAAUUUAAAAAGGAAAAAUGAAAAUAACAGAAUAAUUGAAUAACUUCUAUUUGUGAAAACACAAAAAAAACCAAUUUUCUCCAUGCUAUUUAAAAUACUAAAAAAAAUAAAAACAGGAAUAAACAACAAAUUUUCGUCAAGUUUAUUUCAUGCAUGGGUUUUCAAAUAGAAACUGUCGCCAUUUUGGAUACUAAAUUUUCCUAAUUGGCAAUAAAAAUAUUCUUUGCAUGGAUGAUUAACAAACAAUCCAAAUACAAACAUUCGUUGCUCGAAAAAUUGAUUCCCAUUAAUUGGCAAUAAAAACAAUUUGUUCCUUGCGUAGGUGUAUCAAGCGAUUUACUUUAUCGCAGUGAAAAGAAAAAAAAUUGAUGUAAGGAUACCAGUUUGUAAUAGUGGUGAAGAUCAAGGAAGAUCAAGAAAUCAACAGAGUCAUUGAACUUGUGACGUUCCUGAGGAUUACGUAUCGUGUUCUCGACCUUGUUUCCGGUUCCGUGAGAUGUAAAUUUGCAGAAUGAACACAGUGGAUGGUGAAGGUCGUGGACGAGAAUGAAUAUUCGUGAUUGUUGAUUCGAAACACGCGGUGUUGUAUCUCGAUCAUCAGUGUUCGACUUUCGUCCGAUAAUUGCCAACAAUAUGGAAUUAUAUAGAGUUGGGGCUAAAAGUGGUUGCAGAGGAUCGGAUACUUUGGAUCCUCGAUGUAUGUGCGACUAAAAUAAAAAGCAAAGAAAAAAAAAGAAAAUUCAGUUUUUAAUCAUCGAACAGUUUUGGAAGGGAUGCAAAUUCUCUUCAUUCAUAUUUGCCGAAAUUUCAGAAACCUUGGGUAUAUUAAAAAAAUUCAUUCGUCUAUUUUUCUCAAGUAUCGUGGUGUAAAAAAAUUAAGGAACAAUCGUACAGAAUACGAGAAAAAUUCUUGUUAAUCGCGAAGCUUUUGCAAAGGACAAAUUAAUAUUCGCGCACGUUCCAGGAAUGAAUCGUCCGUGUUCCACGACCGCCACAAUAAAAGUUUCUGAUUAUUUAAUCUAGCUAGCUGCGCGAACGCAAAACGAUAAAGUUGAAACUAUCGUGUUCGCAGAAGGAAAAUCCAGCAAAUUUAAAAAAAAUAAAUCCUAUCUCUCUUUAAAAAGUGAGCCUACGCAAAGAAAAAGAAAAAGAAAAAGGAAAGGAAGAAGAAUCUCCUGUAACCGCAGCAUUUUCCGGUCGAAAAAGCUCGCGAUACAUCUUUUUCGAGUACGAGAAAGGAACAACAGAGUUGAUUGAAUAGAAAUUGAAGAGAAUGAGGCCAUUAGUUCGGUAUAGUUUUGAAAUUUGCAUGAAUAACACGGAGCGUAUCGGGUCGGAUCGAAGAGAAAUCAAAUAAACAAGCUAUCGUAGGUUCGUUGGAUAUCAAGAUAGUUUCCAGGCAGGCAACUGAUCGAUACGAGGUGUGUAAUCGAACCGGAAACAAAGUCGAAGGUGUUUCGAAGGCCGAGCAAAGAGGAAGUGGUCCAGCAACGAAUACCUAACAGCGACUAUUUGCGUACCGUUUCGUUUAUCUUCCUCUCGGACGACCACUGCAUCGAUAUUUUCCGAUUGUUUGUUGUUUCUCGCACCGUUGGAAGCGGAUUCAAGAUCCCUUAGAUCCCUUCCAGACACGAGAACAAACCAUAAUUACUUAGUGAGUUCAGAAAGGAACGUGUGCUGUUUCGAGUGUAUUUAAAAUAUAACAAAUUUUCUUGUGUUUAAUUAUAAAUUAAUGCGAAGACAAGUGUGAUAAACAGAAAAGUUAAACAUAUUUAAACGGGAACUUCAAGGUAAAGGAUCAUUUUUUUUACCAUUACUGUGAUUGAUACGAAACACGUUUUCAAAUUAUGAAAAUAUUCUAAGGAUUCGAGGUGUGAAGGAUAGUGUGAAAUAUCGAUUGAUCUUUUCGAAUGAAUUUUCCAGGAACUAGAAGCUUUUGCUUCUCCUUCAGAUGCAACCGAUAAUUAGAUUUUACUGUAAUCACGUCAGGCACAGGAUCGCAAAACAGAGAUAUUUUUCUGAAUAAAACGCCGACUAUAUCACUUGUUACAAAACAAUCAUUUUUGAGAGCAGUAAAUUGAAAGUUUGAAAGUUACAAAUUGGACUCGCUUUAAAGUGCAAACACUAAUUAACAGAACAAGUUGUUUCUGAGAUUUUAGUUAAUUGGUAAGCUGAUUUCUCAUUAAAACCUGGUCUUUGGGUGCGAAUUUAUGGAAAUUUAUAUUAAAAUUCCUUCGAGCUCAACGAAUUUCAACAAACUUUCAAAGUUUUUCUCCGAUUUCCCAGUGAAACGAAGAAACGGAAGACAACAAUGUUCGUCACCACGUCUACAUUAAACCCAAACACGAGAUGCAUCGAAGCGGCCGCAACGAUGGAGGCGUCGCGUGCCAGACGUUCCGUCUCACCGACGAUGUGGGUGAACCUGACCCACUACGCUUACAGGAACCGGAGUUUCGAAGCUGGAAUAGACUUCGAGGAGAAGCCGAUAGACGCUUGCCACCCUCUCUAUUUCCUGCUCGACUUUUUCCACCAGUACUAUAUUCCUUCCAUCAUCCUGUUGGGACUGGUGGGUAACCUGCUCUCAUGCGUGGUGUUUUUGAACACCCACUUGAGAAUACGAAGCUCCAGCUACUAUUUGGCCGCCCUAGCCACUGCAGACUUUGGCUUCCUCGUCACUUUGUUGCUAGUUUGGUUGAACAACACUCUGGGAUGGAAGGUGUUCAACAAGGAUGGCUGGUGCGAGACCUUGGUCUACGUUAGCGCUGUUUGUAGCUCUUUGAGCGUUUGGCUGAUCGUUGCCUUCACCGUCGAACGAUUUAUAGCCGUUCAAUAUCCUCUUCACCGGCCGCAUAUAUGCACCAUAGCCAGGGCUAAAACUAUUGUCCUUGUGCUAGUCAUCUUGGCUCUGACCAGCCAUUCUUACUCGUUCGUCACUGCUGGUGUUGUGUCGAGCAGAGACGGAGAAGAGUAUUGCGACUUGAAGGUCGAAUACUUGGAGACGAUGAAGAUCAUCAGCAUCAUAGACAGCAUCGCGAGUUUGAUCGUCCCCUUGGUAUUGAUCAUCGUGAUGAACACUAUGAUUAUGAGGAACUUGUUGAGGUUCAGCAGACGCUUCAAACAGACUUCGGCCAGCUCCACCGACAGCCCCAGCAGGGAACGAUCCGAUAUCAAUUUGAAUCAAAUUCCGAGUGGUAGCAGCAGUAACCACGGUGGUGGUGGUGGUGGUGGUAUCAAUCUGGGACCAAUGGUUGGAGGUAGAAGACCACCAUCUCAACAAUCUUUUCACUCGUCGAAGAACAACCAUUCCCAUCAUUCUCGUCAUCAAACCACCUCCGCACCAUCAUCCACACCACGUAACGCUUGCCAGCUACCCGAAAUAGCAGCUCGCUGUAUACACAUCAGGUCCUCGUCGAGGAAUCUCGUAUCGACGAGAAAUCAACAGAGCAUCACGAAAAUGCUACUUUUGAUCAGCACCGUUUUCAUUCUACUCAAUCUACCGAGCUACGUGAUUCGGCUGUGCGUCUUUUUCUUCACAUUGGCCCGCAAAAACACCCCCGACUUGCUGUGGUGUUUGCAGCAGUUCUUUAUGCUACUCUACUACACCAACUUCAGCAUCAAUUUCCUGUUGUACGCGAUGUGCGGGAUCACUUUCCGGCGUUGCUUGCAGCAGUUGUUGCGCAAACUGCUCAAGAGCAUGACCAGGUACCAUUGUAAUCCUCAACGAUACAUAUAGGUGUUGUGUCGUCGGUUUCGUAAAAAUCGAACGAGAACCACGGAAUUGUCGUCGCUUUGAUCGUUUCACGUCGAAGAAACCGCGAUUCGCGACGAAGAAGGUAAUCCAAUACGAAUCGAACUUCGUCUUGGAUACGACCUACGUUCCGACGACGAGAAAAUUACUUCGAAGGGUAGACGAUUGACUCGUCUGUAAUAUUAAUUGCGAUCGAUGGAGGAAAAUCUUGUUAAUGGCACUCUGUUUAUAGUAAGCUAAAAAGCUUCAAGAUGUUGACUGUCACCUCACAAACAUGUGAGCGUUACUUAAAAUUUUAGAAGAAUGUAUCACCCCUUGUACUUAUCUAAUUAGAAAUACUCAUGUGUUAGGUACUUGAAGUGAUGGAUAAUGAAAAUAGCGAAUCUAUUACGUCAAUGUGUCCGUAAAGAAUUUACUCGUCAAUUUGACGACACGGGGGGAUCCGCAGACGCUUUACCUCGUAUAUCGAAACGUUUGCUAAGAAAUAGUGAAAUAGUGUUUCCUCUUCUUUUUUAUAGAGUUCCUUUAAAAAUAAUAUUUUGUACAUAUAAAUUUUAUCUCGUAUUUAACACUAGUUUACGUAUUUAUCUUUUUAUUUUAAUUAAACUUGUCGGGUGCGUUUCAAAGUGAACUAAUUUUUUCCCCCAGUGAAGUUGAACUUUCGUUUGAACUGAAAUGCACAGAGAGCAAAUAAAGUUGUAUAAACGUUUUUCUAAUUUCCUUUGCUCUUUGAUCUUUUCAAUGCAUUGCAAUUCUUUACCAUUCAAUUAUUUCAUUAUCUUUCUAUGCUUUCGCGAAGAACGUAAAGAAUUUUAUUACGUUGCUUUUAAUCUUUAAACUUACGCUCCCUUAUAUUGUUCCUAAUAAUUUUAAAUGAUAUCACGAGGAUAUAGCAAUUUCCAAGAAACAUAAAAGACAUUUACUUAAGUUGAUUUUAUUUAUUAAUUUUCUCUGACCACUUUCUUUUUCAAUAUUUCAAAUGGUGUUUAUAAUAAUUGAUUACUAAAGGGGUCAUUGAUGAUCGUUGCUAAGAAUAUAAUUUUGAAUUUGAAUAAAAUGUGAAAAAAGUAAAAAUAAGAAAAACGGAGCAAUGCAAGAAAGGUAAAGAUUUAUCUUCGAUGUGGACAGCUUAAUUUAUUGUUGACAGUAUAUUCGAGGGGAAAACUUGACAGGUCUCUGUCCCUUUUCACGCACUAUCAUUAAGAACAAGAAAAAAUUCACAACAUUCUCACGGAAAGCAAUCAUUUUCUGCGUCAAACGAUUCAACGCAAAAGGUAAGACAGUUGUAAAACUUCCCUUACCACAGAUAAAUAGGGGAAGCUUGUUAAAAUUGGGAAUCGCGGAAUUUAAUACCUGACAAUUUACUGGAUAAUGUUAACUUAAUAAACAAUAGAUCCAGGCCGGGUUUCCAUUCUCGUUUAUCAAUACGCGAUUGAUCCUUUGUUAUCUGCUACAAAGAAAUGUCAUUACGGUGAUUUGUUCCGAUUUUCAAACAAGUUCAGUCUCCGUUCGAUUAUUCUAGUAAUUCAAUCAAAUAUUUCUUAUUGUUUUUCAGCCUUGCUAGCUGCACGAUCUUUCAGUUUCAAGUAAAUUCAAGUAUUUAAUUAAAUUUAUUCUUUUUUUUUUGAAAGAUGAAGAAAAAAUUCAACAUUAAUUAAACAUUUAAUUAACAUAAAACUUUGUUUUCCGAUAAGUUGGGCAGGAAAGUUUUCAGUGAAAUUCACUUCAACUAUUAUUUCCUCAACCGAAGCAGAAAAAUCACCUUAGUUUCCUGUUUCUUUUGUUUACCCUUCAAAGGAUGAAAUUCAAGAGAUUCGAAUGAAGCUUCGUAGAAGGAAUCAGAAAGUCUUGUUCGCAAGAAAGCAGGGAAAGUUUCCAUGGUACGUGACAAUUUAGCCGAACGUGGACGAGAAUCCCGGAUAAUCCUUUAGCUUUCGAUAUAAAUCCGUGCUGGGAUCAAAGUUAGACGUUGCUCGAAGGAAAGGAUUUCGAAUAAUCGAACGAAAAAGAUUUUCCUUCCUUCGUGACUCUUGUUACCUUUAAAUCUCAACACUGAUUGCUUUUCGUUAUGUCUGUAAUGAAUGUUACAGAUACUCUCGUUUAAUGUUCGACAAUGAAAUUAGCGAUUCAGGCGUUAUCAGUUACGAAUAAAAUUAGUAUCCGAACUUUAUCGCAAAUCAAUUAUGGUCGCGAUAAUCUUUCUUAUCAAAGAGAAUAGAUCGUGCUGGAUAUUGUUAGCAUACUUUGCUUCGUGCAAAACUCGCGGAACUCGUUAAAAUGACAAAUUGUAAACUGUAAAAUGUAUUGAUCCGUGUGGAAAUUGCCAAUAAAAGUUUAUCCGUUAGACUGGCUACAGAGUUGUCAAAAGAAACAUCUCAAAUUGUUGAAACGUAUCAAAUUACCUCUUGCUCGUCGAAACGAUACAGAACAAUAAAUAUACGCUUCGAGUAUCUUGAAAAAUCCUACAAACUUUUCUUAUUACCGUCACCAUCGAUGUUUAAUAACCAUUUUGUGAAAUGCUUUCAUGAGGACGAUUCAUUUUCCUUCGUUCAGACAAAAUUGUUAAAGUUAUGAGGUAAAAGAUACUGAAGAAAGAUGGAAAAACUUUUUAAUUUACUGCAACGAUCCAGGAUAUUACGAUUCGAAGAUAUCCACCGUAUCUUGAUAUCACCAGAGAUUCUUUGUUAGAUAUUAAACGCAAUUAAAGUUCAGAAAUAUCAAUUUUGAAAAGUCAACAAUCAACGUGCUGUUAAAUCCUUUCGGUACGAUAAUUCGAGAUUUUCAACUGUUUAUGCGCUUAUUGCAUUCUAAUCACUCGGGAGUGAUCAAUUAAAAGUUCAUAUUCUGUAAGAGCUAAAACAAAUCUCAUCAUACCCAACAAGCACAUCGAGUUGUUAAGCUCUCUUUGUACUGAUGCUCGUAUAAUGGACUGAAAUUGUAUUUCCCAGAAAGCUAUUGUAGUUCAAAUUUUAAUAGUUUAGACGGGAACUGUAUUUAACAUUUUAAGCUCUUUUCAUGCGGAAUACAAACUUUUACAAUAAUUAUAUAAAGUUCAAAGUUUGAGGCAUUUGACGGAAUGCUCCUGCUACUCAUUCGAACGAUGCUUAUUUGGAUUGAAAAUUGUUAACUGUUGAAUUUGAAUAAAAUAUCAAUCUAAAGGUUGAUGAUGGAUGAAAACUACUAUACGAUAAACUUGCUACAUCAAAGUAAUAUAUACCCGUUAAUUGCACACUAAAGUCGCGUGUUUCAGCAAGGUUCGCGUAGAAAUUAGAUUCAGUGAAUAAGAUAGAGGAGAAUGAAGGGUUCUUAAGAACUUGAAGACUUUGUUAAUCCAUCUUGCAGAUUCUCACGAACACUGAAUUACGCUGAGGUAUUGAUAGGAUUAUUUGAGACUUUGAUGAUAGGUUACAAAGGCUUUUAAGAUCCCAACAAGACUUUCUGGAAAGUGCUAUGUACAUAAUAAUUUAAUAUCUUCCUUACAGCUUUCGACAUCUUCCUAAUUUUAAUUAUUCGUAAUCAGACUUAUAACAACUUUUCUUUACCAUUUUUCAUUUCUUCAUUUUUUUAAAAUUUAAAUUAAUUUCCUAGCCACUGAUGACCCCCAUAUCAGUCAAGGUGUUAAUAGUAUCUCCAAUUAGGGCAUAGUAAUAAAUGUGAGAAAAAUGUACAUGUAUAAUGAACAUACUGUAAAUGUAUCAAUAUUAAUAAUUGAUGUUAAACAACGUACGUAUACAAUGAAACGAUUGUAAAUGUUAAAUUAUAGUAAGCAACGUGAACUAUAUGUCUCUAUUGUAUAACACGGUUUUUCCAUGAGUAAAUUGUUGUACAAUUACUUUCUGUUGUAAAAUGUUUAUGUACAUAUAGAAAUUUGUAGCUGUUCAUACCUGUACAAAUACAUUGUGUUUCAUAACAUUGUCUCUCGUCUGCUACUGAUACAUAAGACUCAUAUGUUAUGAAACACCCUGUAUAUCGUAAAAAUUAAUUAACUAUAAACUUGUUAAAAUAUUUCAACGUAAAUCAACGAUCCAUUUAUUGUAAUUUUCCUUCGUUUAGAUAUCGAUUCUAAUUAGCACCGAUAUCGUAUGUAAAUAUUAGCACCAUUAAACUUGAUUCAAUGUGUAAUUAGGACGAGCGGUGAAUCAUGAGAAGAGUAAUUGUCCGUUUCAUUACUAGUCAACAAGAUUUUAUGUAAACACACGUAUGGAUCGAGUGCAAGAACCACAUUUUACAUUGUAAAAUACUUAGAAAUAUUAAAGAAAUAAAUUAUCCUGAACAGUA